UCAACAUGCCGUGCUAUAGCUUAAGAAAUAUCAUAAAAUACCCAUGGGCGGUGCUGCGGACCAUCCUGGUGGUAGCCAACAACAUCUACUGCGUGCCGACGUAUCUGGUGUGGAUGUUUCUACUGUUGCCGUUGCGAAAGAUCCACGAAAGCUACUACUAUCGAAUCGAAGGCAUUUUGUUCCACUGGUUGCUGGCGAACGUGUCCAUGUGGUCGUGGACAGCCGGUUACGAAGUGGUCGAAAUGGGUGACGAUAUAACGACGGCGUUCGAUAAGCGAACGUUGGUUCUGGCGAACCAUCAGAGCACCUCGGACGUUCCGCUUCUGAUGGCGACCUUCAACGCCAAAAAAGGCGUGCUACCGAACAUCAUGUGGAUCAUGGACCGGCUGUUCAAGUACACCAACUUCGGAGCCGUUAGUCUCGUGCAUCAAGACUUUUUCAUCGCAUCGGGAAAAAAUAACCGCGAGAAAUCCCUGCAGCAGCUUAAAUCGCAUAUAUUACAGUGCUAUAUACCUCGGAAACGGAAAUGGAUGGUACUAUUUCCCGAGGGUGGUUUCUUACGCAAGAGGAAGGAAGUUAGCCAAAGAUUUGCUGAGAAAAAUAACCUACCAGUAUUAAACAAUGUCACCUUGCCACGUGUCGGUGCUAUGAAAGCGAUCAUGGAUAUGCUUGGUGCUCCUAGCGAUAUCAACAUUUGCUCCUCGCCCUCUUCGAAUCCGCUCGGAGGAUGUGGCAGUCCAGUGGCACAUGACGCGGUGAAACAAUCGGCCAGUGAAAGCACUAUCAUCAGUAGUGAAGCAAUAACCAAGGAUGACGAUGACUGUGAUAAUUGUAAUGACGCCUCGUACGCAAUGUUGAACGGGCAAUCGGGUGGUUGUUUAGAGUACGUACUGGACAUCACGAUUGCGUAUCCCCAAGGCAUUCCGCUGGAUUUGCCCAACAUCGUGCACGGCAUACGGGACCCCUGUCAGACCUUUUUAUUCUACAAACUUUACCAUAGCUCGGAGGUUCCGCGUGAAAGUGAAUCUUUAACCCAGUGGUUAUACAAUCGGUUUUACGAGAAGGAAAAAUUGCUUGAGGAAUUUUACCGCACCGGCACGUGGCCGGCCACCUGCACCAUUCCACCGACGGUUGUGCAUCAGGACUUGCUGCGGUAUCUGCUGAUACAUCUGUUUUUCAUUACCUCGACGUACGUGCACCUGCAGCUGAUUUUAAUGUUGAUCAACUACACGAACGUAAUGUGCGUGUACUUGCUGAGCUAAAUGCGGCUGGCUGCAUCGGCUUCGUAUCUUCGCUUUUCGUUCUCUCUAAUCUCGCAGCUAGAAUUGUGCGGCCGCAGUCAGUGUGCCUCACACACAAAAGAUCACUUAACAAACUAAAGAGAUCUAACUGAAGACAUUGUGAAUGAGCUAACUCUAAGUCACACCAAGUGAAUGAACAAGCAUUGCAAAUUUAUCAGUUAAGACACAGCCCCUCUUUUCGUGCUAAUGUUACCCUAUAGUGUAAAUGGUUGUAGUGUUUACUGUAAAAAAAGGUAUUGUUAUGCGUGUGUGUGUGUGAAACAGCACGAGGACGAAAGGACACGGAGCGUUCGCUGCUGUCCUACACACUUAGUCACAAAAAAGUAUCGAAACAGAACAAAAACCAAUUGGAUCCCUUGCGGUGGAUAAACUACUUACAAAACAUUUUGCAUCACAUGAAGUCGCCAAUGCCAUUGAUCGCAGCUCCUGAUCCUGAACGGCGUCUGGCGCCAUGAGCUUGCUCCUCCUCGUCUUGACAGUGGGGCGUAGGAAAGGAAGCGUUAAAACGCACACGAUAUACAAGUAAGAUGCAACACUGAUGAUAAACGGCACAAAAAACAAGUAGGGAGCAAGCGCGCUAUCCUGUGAGAUAGGCGUACAGCGACGAUGGUAUCGUAACAGAGUGAUAACAAUCACUAAGCCACACGAAGCGGAACAGGAACAUCGUUGUCUUGUACAAAGCGAAUGUUAGCAUGAUCAACGGGCGUUGCAAGCUAAUUAGAAGUUUUCAUCAGCGUGGAGCGGGGAUUGCGAAUGUACUCUAGUGGAUUCUUUAGGGUGUAGCUACCAGAAUUCAUGACCGCUUCAGGUCGUGUCGUAAUUGGGUUUAUUUUCCCUGCCCUUCCUCGCUGCUCGCUAGGUUAAGGGGUUCUCUGUUGGUUUUUACUACCGCAACAGCACUGAUCGGAGAAUGUACUGAAACUAGUAAAGGGUGUUUUACUAACUUUUCGAGCUUUUUGGAACAAGCGGCAACGUAAUACGCACCACCGUAUGGUGUAAGGUAUGAUGCGUGGGGUAGUAAACUGUUCAAAACAGGUGUAUACACGCUUUAAGUUUAGGUAGGUUUAUUGACUUCUUCCGCUUAGUUCCUUUAUUUGCGUAGGAGAAACAGCGUUCGUUUCCACUCUGUUCAGAAGCCAGUGUUGAAGAGAGCAUAGUGCAUUCUAGCUCUAUGAACGUAUGAAUGUAAAUAACAUAUACAAGGCAGUUUGAGUUUUUCCGUUCCUUCUCCGUACAAAUGUAACCAUAUUCUAGCAAUAGUCAGCCUCAACGUGUACUAUCAACUAUUUAAUCAUACUGUCCAAAGAUCGGCAAUAAGCAGGUACGGACCCGUAGUCCCUACGGGAUGUGGCAGAACGUCGCAGAGUCACCGAGGAAUAGUUUUUACCAUCUCCUCAAGAUGAGCGCGAGUUUCGACAUCAUUUUUGCUGGUACAUCGGAGUAACGAUUACGUCCCGGUCAAAAUGAUCGGCCGGCUACAAGUAUCGAUCAUUAUUCGCAUACGUGCCGCGUGACCGCGGUGACCAGCUCGUGCGAUGAAGGUGCGCGAAUGUAUUUGUGCGAUCGUGCGCCUUCGGGAAGAGGAUCCUGGCCCAUAGUGUCCUACUUGUAAGGAAUUAGCACUCGUGCGUUAUUUAGUGUAUAAAUGUAGCACAAGUUCCGUUUCGAUGCGAGUGAGCGCCAAGGUUUGAUUUAGUCAGCGUCGUCAGUCACACUGCGCCUAUUGUUUGCUCAUUUUCUACAGAAACACUAGCACUCAUAAAUGCAAUCGGUUUGCUGUGAGUUCACGCGUCUAUACGUGUGCAAAUGAUCGUGAUCCCAUACCGGUGGGUUUGUUUCGAUUACUUUUCGAAUAGAA